GGGAAAGGUAAGGAUAUGCGCAAGGUCCAGUGUUUUAGCUGUAAGGAGUAUGGUCAUAUUGCCGCCAAUUGUGCAAAGAAAUCUUGCAAUUACUGUAAAAAACCGGGCCACUUUAUCAAAGAAUGUCCCACUCGGCCUCAGAAUCGUCAAGCUACUGCUUAUCAGGCUACAAUAAACACCUCUGCUGCUCCAGUGAUGUCCUCAGCCUCUUCUUCUGCGGCCGGAUCAGCUGUUCUUACUCCUGAAAUGGUCCAGCAGAUGAUUAUGUCAGCCUUUUCUGCCUUAGGGCUCCAAGGAUCAGGUGUCGGGGAAGAUACUCGCGAAGGGGCCUAAAGUUGGCAGACUAUUUCCACUGCACUUUUCAAUUCCUAGUUGUUUAUCUUUGGCUUGUAGGACAGUUAAUACUCCGAACGAAG